AUGGCAGUCAAUUAUCUUUUCAAUUACCCCUUUGAAAUAGCCUUUGGGGCUCUUUUCUUCAGUAUCGUCGGUUAUGUUCUGUACCAACGAUUUUUUCACCCCCUUGCCAAAUACCCAGGGCCAUUCCUCGCCUCCCUCACCGAUUUAUGGCAGGUGCAUCAAUUUAUGACGUUGAAACAACCGUAUAAUUUGACAAAACUACAUGAAAAACAUGGAUCUAUUGUUCGAUAUGGACCUGAUAAAUUGAGCAUUACCGACGAAGAAGCCAUCAAAUUGAUAUACCAAAGCGGGGCAAAGUACAUGCCGAAGACUGAGUUUUAUGAUGCCUAUGGAGCAGCUCAUCCUAACAUCUUUGGAAUGCGUGACGAAUCUGCUCAUUCCAUUCGGCGUCGUCACAUGAGCCACUCGUUCUCGAUCAGCUAUGUCAAAGAAAUGGAGCAAUACCUCGACGUAAAUAUCAAGAUCCUCCGAGGCAAAAUAUCGGAGUUCGCAGCAAACAACCAGAAGUUUGACCUCAAGAAGGCGUUGCAUUACUAUGUGAUUGACACGCUUGGCGAACUGGCGUUUAGUCAGACCUUUGGCAUCCAAGUAUCUGAUGAUGAGUCCCGUGUCCCACCAGUCAUUGAGCAUAGUCUGCUGGCUGCCGUGACAGGCGCUUGGCCGAUGAUGACCAAAAGGCUGAAGAGAUGGCUGCCACUUGUCCCACACAAAGGUCUGAAGGCCUUGUUCCAGGGGCGAAAAGCUUGCGCAGAUCUAGCCUCACGUUGCGUGAAUGUUCGGCUGAACGCGUUACGAAACUCGAGCGAGAGUAAAACCAGUGCACCCGAGCGAAAGGAUAUUCUUACAAAUCUUAUCAACGCCAAGCACCCUGAUACGGGUAAGCAUUUAACACAGACUGACCUUGAAACGGAGGCAUUUGGAUUCAUUAUUGCUGGAACUCAUACUACAAGUGCCACCACGACUCUACUAUUCUAUCAUCUCCUUAAUCAUCCUGACCUAAUGGCAAAAUGUGUCGCGGAGAUUGACACGAAUCUUCCACAGUUGCACGAAGAUGAAAGUGCAUAUUCUGUGUCUGCAGCUGAAAGCUCACUACCAUAUUUGAGGAACUGCAUGAAGGAAAACUUUCGUGUGACUCCGGUGUUUACAAUGCCUCUUGCGAGGAGAGUACUGAAACCGGAAGGCAUUAUCAUCGCCGGCAAUCAUAUACCCUACGGUACAUCAAUCGCCGUAUGCAACCAUGCCUUCCACCACAACCCGGAGGUAUUUGGUGCCAACCAUAAUACUUUCGAUCCUUCACGAUGGGAUGAGCCGGAGAUAGCGACCAAGGCUAAGCUACUGAUGCAUUUUGGACUGGGAGGCCGUCAAUGCAUCGGUAAAACUGUGGCUAUGACGAACAUCUAUAAGCUGAUGAGCACUCUCUUGAGCGAGUUUGAAUUUGAGUUGGCAGAGCAAAAAGAAAGCGAUAUCACGAGCGUGAAAUCAGCAUUCAGUGAUGUCCCAGAGUUAAUCAGUGUUGGAAUCAGCGACCUCGCUAAGCCUUUGAUGGUGAAAGCCACCAAACGGACACGAGUCAAUCCUUGA